AUGACCGAGACCGCCAUGGCCACCUCGCCGCGACAUCACUCGCAGCAGUCCCGCUCCCAGCAGCGCCCGAGCACCACCCCCUCGCAACCUCCCGCUAUGACACCCUUCCUAUCACCGAGGCGACCAAGCCCCCAACGACGAUCGAAUGGCCAGUCCACCCCGUCGCCGAGCUACUUUGGCUUCCAGGUCGACGGGAGCUCGAUGCUGAGCGACUCACCACAACAUGCCAAAAGCAACUGGAGUCCGCCCUCUAGUACCGUACGGUCCACAGCGGCAAUGUCGCCCAGUGUGGUCCCGCUGGAUCAGCGACCCGAGUUCGAGGCCUUCCGCAGGCAGUCGGAGGGCAAGUCGUUCGCUUUAGGCCGUCUGAACAACUUCAAGAUGAGUCCGCCUAGCAUCAGGCCCAAACAAGGUCGGUCGAGCAGUGGACAGUCGCAACAGUCGCCGAAACAACAGACACAGCCCAGAGACAUACCAUCCGCAUCACAUCGUGCGGCACUGGACCCAUCGACCGCAGAGCUCUCGAGGUCGCCAAAGCGCGUGCUGUCGCCAGGAUCGACUACGGAGGCCAACCGAAAAGGGUCGCCUCCUCUGGACCUGAACUCAGCUGAGGCUAGAGAAAACAAGGCCGAGUAUGACAGUCAACCUCGAUUUAAGCUACCUCUCGGUGCGCUGAAUGGAUCAUACAAUGCGCAGAAGGCACGAGCAGAGACACUGCCAGCGACCAAAGAUACUGACUCCCAAGUGUUCGCCACGCCACAGCAUGUCAUGACUCUCAUCAAUUCGAAAGGAGACGAUAUUCUGCUUCUGGAUCUUCGGGUAUCAACUCAGUAUGCCAUGUCACAUAUCAGCGGCGCACUCAACUUGUGCAUACCAACAACAUUGUUGAAGCGACCAUCCUUCAACGUGCAGAAAUUGGCCGAUACAUUUAAGGAUAACGAGCAACGAAGCCGGUUUGAGAAUUGGCAAAACAGCAGCUAUAUCAUCGUAUAUGACUCAAGCUCGGCCGUGAUGAAAGACGCCACGGUAUGCUUGAAUACUAUCAAGAAGUUCCGGUCCGAAGGCUACGAAGGCAGCUUGUACAUUAUCCGUGGCGGCUUCAGCGAAUUCGCUAAGCGCUUUCCACAGUACAUCGAGGAUGGUGUGGACGCGAACUCGACAGCUGGUGUUGAGGGCGAUGGACCAGAAGUCGCGCCCGUAGUCGGUGGGUGCCCAAUGCCAGGUACUGACAAGCCGGCGAACCCUUUCUUCGGAAAUAUCCGACAGAACAUGGACCUCAUCGGUGGCGUUGGCCAAAUGGCGCUUAAGCAUCCGGCCAAGGAGACCAGAUCCGCCGAGAAUGAAUACCCAUCCUGGCUGAAAGACGCUGCAAACGAACGUGAUCAGGGCAAGAAGGUCUCCAACAAGUUCGAAGCUAUCGAGAGGCGGGAGAAGAAGCGCAUGGAGGACGCUCUAUCAGGGAAAGUGUCCUGGGGUGCUACGCCAAAGACGCCGUCCGUACAAGAAAAGGUUCAGAUCGCAGGUCUUGAGAAGGGCAACAAGAACAGGUACAACAAUAUCUGGCCGUUCGAGCACUCUCGUGUCAGACUGCAAAACGUGCCCAGUCACGGGUGCGACUAUUUCAAUGCCAAUCACAUCAAGGCUACUUGGAGCAAUAAGCGAUACAUUUCGACGCAAGCACCUAUACCCGCCACCUUCAACGACUUCUGGAAUGUUGUCUGGCAACAGGAUGUCCGAGUUAUAGUCAUGCUUACUGCAGAGAAGGAAGGCGCGCAAGUGAAAGCGCACAACUACUGGGACCAAAAGCGAUACGGACCAUUACACAUUGACUUUCUGUCGGAGAAGCGUGCAUCGCUCGAGCCUGAGCGCAUUCACAAGCACCAAAAGCGGCCUUCUGCAAUGAAACGCCACUCUACACAGUCAAAAAACCCGCAAGUGCCACUGGCGCCGGUGGACUCCAAGGAAGAUAAGUCUGGUGAGCAGCCAUACGUGACUGUCCGGAAGUUCACAGUCAGUCACGAUAAGUUUCCCUUCGAGCCCAUGCGUGAGAUCACACAACUUCAGUACUCGAGCUGGCCAGAUUUCGGCGCUCCGGCACAUCCUGCGCACCUACUUGGCUUGGUAGAGCAAUGCGAUGCAGUGGUACGAACAACUACGAGAAAACAACCCGCCGAGCCCGAACCAACCAGCGUGAGACCUAUAUUGGUGCAUUGCAGUGCUGGAUGCGGCCGGACAGGAACAUUUUGUACUGUCGAUUCCGUCAUCGACAUGCUCAAGCGCCAACGCAUCUCCCGUGACAAGCGCGAUACAUUGCCCAUGGACAUCGAUAAGAAGAGCCCGCCACGAACUUUUAAGGAGAGUGGUGGUGACUUCUUCGCAUCGCACUUCCGCGAGAGCGAUGAUAGCCUCGAUGGAGACUGGGUACUGAGAGACGACCACGACUUGGUCGAGAAGACUGUCGAAGACUUCCGACAUCAGAGAUUGAGCAUGGUGCAGAGCUUGAGGCAGUACGUGCUGUGCUAUGAAAGUGUGAUGGAAUGGAUUGUGGAGCAGAGGCUCGAAGCCAAAGAAAGGUCAGGGUAG